UUUCCGGUACCCCUAUAUAUAUAUCUUCCUUAAUUUUAAGUACUAUUACCUAUAGUCUAACUCUACCCUUAAAAGGGUUUUAGUUGUUAUGUGGAGAAGCACUUGUAAAGUCAGAUUUUUUCUCUCAUAUGAACCAGUCAAAAUCGUUUGAAAAAAAAACUGUUUUUGCUUUCUGGCAUUCUUCAAUUUUGAAGAAAUUAAAUACCCCAACUUGACGUGUUUAAAAUGUACGUACUAUAAAAUAUCAUAAAAUAUAUUAGCAAACAUGCACAAGUUGAAAGCAACUUAUGAAGUACAACAUUACUCAGAGGGUUUAAUUUGUAAAGUUUUAACCAGGACGGCCUCCUUUAAAAGUUGUGUCAGAUGUGUCUGUUUGUUACCUUAAAUAGUCAUGGACCUUUUUAUUAAAUAAAUGGUGAAUUCUUGUUUUUUCAGUGAGUGUUACGCCACAGAUUGUGGUAUUUAAGAAGAAAACGCCAAUCAUCCAAAUUAUUGUAAAUAACGAUGAAACGACUACUUCUGAACAAAGAUGCCGAAAGCGAAAAACUGAGGUCCAAGACAACAAAAGUUUGCUGAAAAAAAUCAAAAUGGGAGAAACUAUCACUGAACGGACGGAUAAACAAACAUCAGAGUUAGAAGAUUUUAGACAAUUGAUCAAAGAAUGCGGAAACAGUGUUGCAGUAAACGAAAUAACAGUUGAAUGUGGGAUUUGCCAAAAGAAAUACAAAGUAGAGGCUGACAGGAGUAUUGCGUCCAAAGUUUCAUAUUUUAGACGAAAACACUUUGAUGCCUGUACCGGGAAAAGCAACUGUAAAAGUAUUUGUGAGAAAGAAAACAAUCAAAUGAAAAGUGCCAUUGCCUCAUGGUUGACACGGCCAAGCAAACAAGAUGAAACAACAGCAAAUGCAAUGUCCGAUGACUCCGAUAUCGAUACAGAUUUGAUUGUUACACCUUCUGACGGGAUUAACCUGAUCACAGAUGAUAUAAGUAGAGACCCUGACAUAGACGUGUCCAAUGCUUUGACAUUUGUUGAUGAUGAAAAUACAAACAGUACAAUACAAGCAUCUGACUGUGAACAAGUUCACGAUUUAGAAAGCCUAGAUUCUGAUCUUAAUUUAUCUGAUGACUGUGAAAGCUCCGACAAUGACUCCGAAACACAGUUUUGUCCAAUAAACAUCACACAAGCAGACCCACUUUGUAUUGAAUUAAAUGAACUUAUAAGUAAUGGAACUAUUUCAAGAAAUUCUAUAUUCUACAAGCACAACUAUGAUGUAGUACAUAGGUUUUUUGAGCCAAGACAUCCAUAUGAUUUAGACGUUUUAGAAUUUCAUAAUUCAAUAGAAUAUCUGGGUGGUCGCAAAACAGCAAAUUUUUUACGCGGUCCUAUGUAUCAUGGCCAGGGAUCUGGAACUCCAAAUGACAUCACAAAACAUCGAAUGAAUUUAGGAGGACCCCACCGAUCAGCAAGACAGUCUGCGAAGGCUGGGUACACUACAAGCAGCGGUGUCAUCGGUUCUCUUUUGCUUACAUUUUCAUUACUUCUCCAGAAAACUGACGGAAUACAGCCAUUCAUCGAAAAUAAAACUAUUAAGGUAUACCCUGUCUCUAUGGCUAUUGAUGGCACGGCUCUUAAAGCUGCUUUUGAAGUUGAUGAACGCACGAAGAAAGUUGUCGGCUGUGUGGAUGAUUAUGAUAUUGCUUACGUCAAAAACAAUCCAAAUCCUAGUCCAGAUGAGCUCAAAUCUAAAAUAGUUACUGAAGCAGUAGUGUUUUAUUUGAUAUCUAUUUGUAACAAAUUAAGCAUGCCAAUUGCGGUGUAUUACCUGUCAAAAUCCGGUAAGACCGGUAUCUUCAUGAAGGAACUGUUUUUGAAUAGUAUUAUGAAAUGUCAAAUUUGCUUUAACUGCCUCAAAGGUCUACAGACACAAGACGGUGUAAUCAAAGAGUUUGGUUGUUGCAUAUCUGUUUGUCAGAGAUGCAUACAAAAUGGUGCGGUAUGUGAACAGUGUCAUAAAGACGGUCAAAUAAGCAUUCAGCCCUCACUCAGGGCUUGCACAAAGUGUGUUGAAAGUGGAAAGUUAUGCACGAAAUGUUCUGUUUUCAUUAUAACAACUGAUUGUGAAUCCGGAAAUAAAGCUGCACUCCAGUCGAUACAACAGGAAAUUAAAGAGGGAACAGCAAGUCCAAGUAUUUCAGAACUGUCUGUUUUACCAGAUUGUGUUCAUGUUGGCAAAUCUGUCAAGUGCAGUUUUGCAAACUGGUACCUACUACUCGGAAACGAGAGGGCGAAUUUGUCUAUUAUACACACUCUUCGCAAUGACUGUAAUCCUGAUGUAAAGAAAAAAAUGCGCAAACUUCUUACUGUCGACUGCGUGAGAAAUAAGGACCGCAUGGAUGUUGCUUCUGUUAUUAAACUCAGUAGCAAUGAGUUGCUAAAUGUAUUGAAAGAAGUUGGGAUGGUGGUACAUAACCUUAUUCCUGAUCGAUUUCGCCCAACGGAGGACAAUAAACCCGGUAUGUAUCCGCAUCCGAUUGCUGUCGACUGUGACGGGCUUGGUAAUUUUGUUUUCCUGAACUACGAUCCAAUGACAAAAACAACAAAACUCGUCAAAGCUCGAUUACAUAAUCCAGUGCAGGUUAAGAUUAUCAAAAAUGAUCUCAAAGAUUGUAGGAGUGUCGUUUUGGAAUCUGGUAUUUGCUACGUCUGUCAACGUGAUCUGAAUGUCUUGGUGUUUGGAAUUGGUAAAGAUAUCGGUAUUCAACUUAAAUCGCAUCGAUCAAAAGUUAGUUUAACAACUCUGGCUAGGGAAUUUGGCUUAAAUUUGGAUGGUACCGCCAAUACAAUACGUGAGCGUAUACAACAACACAUCAACAACACCAAGCUAACUAGACCAUCAAAAGAUGUCCUAAAUGGCAGUGAUAUAGUAAGGCCCUCUGUUCUAGCGACUGCAGGUGAUGAUUUGAUGCUAUGCAGCAGUGAUGUCUUCAAGUCAUUGUAUGAAAUGGCAAUAUCCAAAGAUGGAGUUGGGUUAGUUUGUCAAACAACCAAAAAGCUUGACUAUCCAGUUGGUGUCCACUCAGUUUUAUGUAUGUGCUACAGUCAUGGCUUACUUUAUAUUUCCUGGAAAGGCAGAUCAGCUGAGAGCGGAGGACUUAUCUCGAUUAAUUUAGAGAGUUUGAGUAUAAUUCACAUCUUUGAAAAUCAAUCCAACAUUUGCUCAGAAAUAAGUUCAGUGUCAAUUUAUAAAAAUGGACUGGUAUUUGGGGAUAUUGGAGAAAGAAAGCUGAAAUGUUUCAGUCGUGAUGGUGUUAUGUCCGUAAUAGCAGGCUCUGGAUUAGAUGGUUGUUCAACUGGAUCUGCUGAACUCUCCUCAUUUGGCCAAAUCAUGGGAAUCGCAGUUGAAUUCGGAACAAAUAUUUAUGUUACAGACGCAAAAUAUGGCGAAAUAAAAUUAGUCACAACAGUUAGUGAAACCGAACGUUUCCUGUUUCAUUUGCAAAAAAUAUAUGCAGCAUUCUCUAUACACGAGAAAGGGGCAAGUGUUCAUCAUUACAACCCCAAUGAAUCGCUACAGAUGGUACAGCAAUCAGUUCAAUACUUUUUACAACUCGUAGCAAAUGUCAAGAGAAUUGGAAAUAUUGAGAAACACACAAAUGGUUCAGAGGGAACCAUCUCAAAACAAACCAUGGACUCGUUGGUAAUGAUGGAAGAUCAACUCAUUAGAUUCUGUCAGGUAUUAUCCAGUAAUCCUUUAUACCUGGCAGACAUGUCAUCAUGUUUAACCACUGUUGUAGAGAACUUGCACGCAUUGAGCCACGUCAAACAGAGUUUGCCAACUAAACUUCAGUACAGUAGAGAUUUCGGAAUUAUUUUUAGAGAAAGCGUCAAAAGAAUUACACAAUGGGCAGCUCAUUAUUAUACAAACGAAACAUCAUAUUACCCUGUUCCAGACACAAUCAUGCAUCUUCAAAAUAUUCCGUCACUUGAUCGACCAACAACUCAAUUUGCGUCAAAAAUUGAGCUAAGUCUCUUACACACAUGGGCAAACACACAUGGAAAAUGUGUUAGACAAAGAACUGUUCGACUUGAAACCACCGCAUACAAGUGUGGCACGCUUCCCUUAAAUAUGUAUGAAUCAAAUAAAACAACUCCAGGCACUUCAAUUACUUUCAAAGACGAUGAUGCGAAUAUUUCAGAUCAAUACUCCUCAGAAAGCGACGAUGACAAUGAUAAAGAUGAUGAACAAAGUGGUAUAGACAUGCAAACACAGAAUACGUUUUCUCGUAGUAAAACGUCUUCGUGUACUCAAAUCAAUUUCAAAGACGGUGAUGCGAAUAUUUCAGAUCAAUACUCCUCAGAAAGCGACGAUGACAAUGAUAAAGAUGAUGAACAAAGUGGUGUAGACUUUCAAACACAGAAUACGUUUUAUCACACAUCCCGAGAUCUGGAGACUAUCACCAAUCGGACAGUUUCUCGAUCUGGGAGGACUUUACGGAUUUCAUCAAGACUGGCCGAUUAUUUAUAACACUGUACAUUUUGAAAUUUCUAAUUGACCAACAAAUAAUUCACAAAAUUGUUAAAGUCACAGACGAUCUUCAUUUUUAAUUUUUAAAACAUGCUUGAUCAUGUUUCUACAUAAAAUUUAUUGUAACUUUCUACCUUUCUUAGUUGUGUCCCCACAAGAACCUCCACAUUAAGUCAUACCUGCCAAUCACUACUAUAAAAAUUGACCUGUUAUUCAUCUUUAUUGAUUAUCCCAAGGUCGGUCGAUCAGCUUCUUGUUGGUGAUCAGUUGUGUAGUUGAAUACAGCCCUGAGCAUACUCAUUUAUCCUAACAAGUAUUUUUUUAAAAUUUUAUAAUGUAAAACAGUAUUUCGACUACAAAUCUCUCAAAUGACAUUUGUAGUUCUGUUUAUGUCUGUAACUUGGUACAUUGGU